AUGCGCCGUGAUGUCUCCUGGUUAGCGGGGCAACGGCUCAUGGACUAUAGUCUAUUGGUGGCGAUCAAAGACCACAAGGAGACGCCCACAAAGGGCCUUCCUGCAGGUCAGCCCUAUGUCCGGCAAACGUCGGAGGGUCCCAUCGCAGUGCAGAUGUCCAUCAUCGACUUCCUGCAACGAUGGACGAUGGGGAAGCGUUCCUUGGCAGAGUCGUGCUUCAGUGAGUUCUUACCAUCACCGUGGGAUGGCCGCAUCACAGCGUUGCUCGCGCCAUCAAAGUCUUUGAAAGGAGCCUUGGCAGGGCCCGUCGGAAGGAACAAAGCGACCAUUCCGCCGCGCGCCUACGCGGCACGCUUCGCAGUGCAUUUCACGCAACACGUGGUCACCGCGCAGGAGGGCGCGCGGCGCGCGGAGGGCGCGCGGAGGAG